UCUAUUAGAUUUGCUUAUUUCUUCAGCACAUACUGAAGUUAAAUCUGAUUUAAAAUUCAUAAGAGCCACAACAUUUCAUAAAAAAUAAUGGCAACGACUGCAUCUCCAAUGGCGAGCCAGCUAAGAUUAAGCUUCUGUUCUGCUACUAAUGUGAGGCGUCUCGCUGUUCCUAAGGGCAUAUCCGGGGCUCCUUUCGGCGUUUCACCGACCAAGAAAACGUUUUCUUUCACCGUCCGAGCUCUCCAGUCAGACAAGCCAACAUUCCAAGUGGUCCAACCAAUCAACGGAGAUCCAUUCAUCGGAAGUUUAGAAACCCCAGUGACGUCAAGCCCAUUGAUCGCGUGGUAUCUCUCCAACCUCCCGGCUUACCGCACGGCCGUCAACCCUCUCCUCCGUGGUGUCGAAGUGGGUUUGGCUCAUGGUUUCCUCUUAGUGGGUCCGUUUGUCAAAGCAGGUCCAUUAAGGAACACUGCUUACGCUGGCUCCGCCGGCUCUUUGGCCGCUGCUGGGCUUGUAGUCAUCCUCAGCAUGUGCCUCACUAUCUAUGGAAUCGCUUCGUUCAAGGAAGGAGAGCCGUCGAUUGCACCAAGUUUGACUUUGACCGGGCGGAAGAAGCAACCGGACCAGCUUCAGACAGCAGAGGGAUGGGCUAAGUUCACUGGAGGGUUCUUCUUCGGAGGGAUCUCAGGUGUGACUUGGGCUUACUUCCUUCUCUACGUUCUUGACCUUCCUUAUUACGUCAAAUGAAAGUAGUAAAAAUAUGAGUUUGACCAAUAUUCUGGACCUUCAAAUACUCUCUUGCAUCAUUGUUUUUUUUUACUCUUGUCUUCAUCAAGAAUCUUGAAUUUCAUGAUGCUUAAUGUAUACUACUAUGAAUAUUUUCUUAGCUUUUCUUCGUGUUUGUUGACAUUAAUUUAUAUAUGUAUUAAAAUU